UUCAUUUUCUCUAUUUAUUGGAUUUUCAUUAAGGUGACCAAGACAUGAUCUGUUCUCCAUAUAUAUUCAAUGACAUUCAUAGUCUCAAGAGUCCCAACCUGAGUCAUUGUGUCUCAACUUGCUCAAACUUAUUCUCUCUCACCCUCACAAUUUCUCAUUCUCUCUCUAUCUUCACCUUUUCAGUUCAAAGCUUUAGAUCACGACACAACACAACCGAUCCACCAUUCACCACUUUCUCUUCACAAGUCUCUGAAGCCGAUCCAGUGCCUUGUGAAUUUGGAAUUGCUGGUGAAUUUAGAUCUAAAAGCCACAACAAUGUCUUUUAUCGGUACCCAGCAAAAGUGCAAGGCUUGUGAGAAAACGGUCUACCCCGUUGAUCAGCUUUCUGCUGAUGGCACUGCUUAUCACAAAGCUUGUUUCAGAUGCUCUCACUGCAAAGGAACAUUGAAGCUAAGCAACUAUUCCUCAAUGGAGGGUGUUCUUUACUGCAAGCCACACUAUGAGCAGCUCUUCAAGGAGACUGGCACUUUCAGCAAGAAUUUCCAGUCACCUGCAAAGUUAGCAGAUAAGACAACCCCUGAGCUGACAAGGUCCCCUAGUAAAGCUGCAAGCAUGUUUUCUGGUACACAAGAUAAGUGUGCUACAUGUGGCAAAACUGCUUAUCCAUUGGAGAAGGUAACAGUGGAAGGGCAGGCCUAUCACAAAUCAUGUUUCAAGUGUUCACAUGGUGGUUGUCCCAUAACCCCAUCAAAUUAUGCAGCCCUUGAGGGAAUUUUGUAUUGCAAGCACCAUUUCUCCCAGCUUUUUAAGGAGAAAGGGAGCUAUAACCAUCUUAUCAAGUCUGCAUCAAUCAAACGGGCAGCAGCAGCAUCUGUUCCAGAAUCUUGAAUGUUGGGGUUCCUUCUGUUGUUGCCUUUUCUUUUUCUAAUACAUUUUGUUCUAUCAAGCAAGUGUUUGUAUGUGUGGCCCUUUUUGUUUUGAUUGUUCUCUCUUGAAUUUGAUCACUUCUGAUUCUGAUUUUUACUUACACAUGCGUGGCGUGCAAAUCUUGUGUUGUGCUUUAUUUAUACAGUGGACAUUCAGUAAUGACUAAUGAGAGCGUGAUUUGCAAGAUA